GACGUUUGAGUCCCUUCUCAUUCAGUUACACUUUCUUUUCAGCACUCAAAUCCUCGGAAUCUGGGGAGAACUCUGCCCUGCAUCCAACGGGGUGGUUCGGCUUCUUCCUGGUCGUUCAUCACCAGCGGCAAGGGGGACCACACUAGUCUUCCAGUUGGUGGAAUGCGCGGAGGCGACUGUGAGCAGCGGCAGUAAACAAGCCAUUCACCCACCGAACACCGACACUGCACCGCGACUUGGCAUUUGAAUCACCUACUCCCUCCUUCCAUCUCCCCCCGUCACUAUGGACGCGGCGGAUGACUGGUUUGGUGACGAGGGCGAUUUCUUGUACCAGGUUGAACAGCUUGUCGCCGAGGGCGAAGGGGAAUUCGAGGACCAUUACGAAGACCACCUGGACAACGACAACGACAACGACAGCAGUGACAUUGACAUCGACCUGAGUCUCGACAACAGUGAAGACGACCACGGCGAACUUGCCGAGUUUGACUGGGACUACAAUCUGGACAACGACAUCGAGCUGGACAUUGACGACGACCACAGCUCUUCCAUUCACUUUGAUUACCGCGACCUCCCGCUCGAUCUCGAAGAAGAAGAAGAAGGAGAAGAAGAAGAUCACUACAACAUUGGCGGUCCGCUGUCGCCCCGCCAUCUCCAGAGCCCACAUUCCCCACAGUCUCCGUCAUCUAGCGAAUCUAGCCUGGUCGACGCCGACCCUGGAUUUGACAUCGACCUCGACCUUCCCUACGACUUUGACCACGACUCCGGUCUCGACAUUCCCGGCUUCCACGACUACUCCGACAAUAGCGACAACAGCCUCGACCUCGACAGCAGCGGCUUCCCGUCAGAUACAGACCAAGACAGCGAAAACGACGACAACGAAGAAGACGAGGACGAAGACAGCGACGACACCUCUAGCGACGAAAGCGGCAACGAUUCUGAUUCCUCUCUCGACCGCCGUCUGCGCGAACAGUUUGACAUCUUCGAAGCCAGCGCGCGUAUCGAGGCGCGUCUCGACGAGUUAGAGCAACGCCGCCAGCUGUUUGUGCAAGGACUGGCUGAGGCGCGUCGCCGGUUCGAAUCGAUUGCCGGAGAGGACAACCCCCGCCAACAAAAUCGUCACCACCCGUAUCGCGUGCCGGCUCUGCUUGACCGUCGCCGUGCUCAACAGCAACAAGGUGGGGGAGGUGUUUCAGGUUUGGGUGAAGGAGCAGCAGCCCCGCGAGGACAAAACCCCAACGAACUGGACGAACUAGUCGAGAUGGAAGUAGGAUGGCCGGGCCAGGGCGGCAAUGCUGGCCGGCGGGCAGGCAGGCGCACUCCCGCUGCCGCCAAUAACAACCACAACCCCGCGCAACAACAAUACCAACAAGCGCAACUUGUCAUCGACUUGACCUCAGAUUUGGAAGAUUCUGACGCCGAGCCCGCUGCGCUUCCCGGACGAACUGGAGGUCGAACUAUAAACAAUCGCCGUAACAACCCCGCAACACGAGCAGCACGCCGCGCAAUGUCCGCCAACGCCAACGGCGCCGGCGCUCCUGCCCAAGCUGGCAACGGAAUCGCCGAGGUCAUCGACCUUACGCUGGACGAUGACGACCCCGCCCCAGCUGUCCCACCUGCCGGUCACGCCCGCAACCGCCCUCUCCCUCACCGCGAAGGCAAUAUUGAACGUAGCCGCAGGCCCGUGAACCGCCGCCCCACCGCCAAUGAACUCAUCGUUGACCUAGGCGAAGUCGAUUCCGACGACGAUGACGCCGUUGCCCGUGCCGCUCACCGCUCGGCAGCACGUAACGCCGCCGCCCGUCCCCCAGCCGCCGGUAGAGCCGCGCGCGCAGGCGGCGGUGGUGGUCUAGGCGGCGCCUUUGACAAUUUCUUCCAGCUCUUCCGCCUGGGAGCUUUCGCCAACGUCCGACCCGACCUCGAAGUUCAACUUAUUGGCCUGGACGCGAACAACAACCCGCUGGGGAGGAACCUACCACAUCUCGACUACGGCAACAACGGACGAAACGGAGGUGCGGCGGCUGCGGCGGCGGCUGCUGCUGCUGCGGCAGAGCAACAGAGGAACGCCAAUGCGCCGCCACCGGCUAGGGAAGGGUUUACACGUGCUACGGGAGAGGAUCUGGCAGUGGUUUGUCCGAGUUGUGAGGAGGAGUUGGCUUAUGAUCCUGAUGAGGAAGAUCAAAAAGGAGGGCCGGCACCGAAGAAGGCGAGGACGAAGAAGGAUCGGGAGGAACAUUUCUUUUGGGCUGUGAAGGAGUGUGGUCAUGUCUACUGCAAGAAAUGCUACGAAAACCGCAAGUGCACAAAGAACACGGGCUUUAAACACAAGGAUCAGGGGUCCUCUGCGUCGGGCGCGGCUGGUUCUAGUUCCAACGGCGGCGCAGCAGCCAAGAACUUGAAGGUCCUUUGCGCGGUGGACGAUUGCACGACUGAUGUCAGUUUCAAGACGGCGUGGGUCGGUUUGUUCUUGUGAGCAAUCGACUAAGACGAUGGCGGCGGACGACAUGACCACGACAUGAGACAGCGUCGUCCCGGCUUUUGCCCGUGGCUUUCUUCUCUACGACACCUUUCUUCACGGUGGCCUUUCACUUUCACGAAGGGCGUUUCUUUCGGUCGGCUACUUGCUCAGCAUAGCGGAACAUAGCAUGGCACGGCUAGGUGUUUGGACGGUUUCGGUUUUGCUUUUAUAGAUGGCAUUUUCUUCAUAGAGGA